UGUCAAAUUUAUUUUGUCACUUCAUAAUGAUUUCGUGCAAUUUUUAAAAACAUUUAAUUGCAAUCUAUAAUUUCAAGCUUUAUUACGGCACAGUUUAUCUAAAGAUAACUUUUAAGUUGCAAGGAGACAAUAAUGGCUUAUACUAUGGUUUUUGAGUGGAUGGAUGAAUUUGAAUCGCUAACUGAAAGUGAAAUUCAUACAUAUGCAGCAGAACAAGAACAUAAUCACGAAGUUAUAUUAGCCCUUUAUAAUAUUUUAGCUGAACCACACAAGUACAAGUCUGAUAAUUUAAUUGAUGGAAUAUGCCAACAACUCUUAAAUUUCUAUAGAUCAGGUGAACCAGAAUUAAGGAAGUUUACUGUUCAGUAUAUACCAUCACUUGUGUUUUUACAUUUAUCUGACAAAUCAUUUACAGCCGUACAAACUUUAUUAGUCAGUCUAUAUAACCUUGAGGUUGUUGAUUCAAAGGGCCAGCCACUUACAUUAUCGUUUAGAAUUCCAAGUAUAGCUCAAUCCUCUAUAUAUCAUGAUUCGCAUACACUGGAACCAACUUUUAUUGCUGAGAGCUCAUUACGUAGAUGGGAAGAGUGUAAUACAAAGUUGGUUAGUUGGGGUCCUUUACCUCAAGUUGAAAGCUUGAAUGCCCAGAACCGGCAAAGGGUUGUAACAGCGCUUAUGUUUUUAUAUAAUCAACAAUUAGCUAAUGUUCUAAUCCAAGGCAUUGAGUAUACUUGCAGGAGUAUAUCAAGGUUGGUUACUCAGGGUUUCAAUCUAAAUUCUGAUAGUACAAGAAGCUCUAUCGCAAGUGACAGUAGUUACCAAUUACCAAUCAGCAUUUUGCCACGUGUUCAAGUUUCGGGCCCAUUACUUAUAGAACUGUUACAUAUAGUUUACCAUGGUGCUGAGAGGUGUGCAAAUGGGGCUAUUCAAGCUUUACACGAUAUUAUUCAAAGAGCUACAUAUGAGACAUACUCAGAUGUACUUUUGGCUGCAAGUGCUGUAAAAAAUCUGCUACAGAAUUCUCCAUCAGUAUCAAUAACAUCCAGACCUUCUCAUGUUCACAGUGUAUCAAAAUCAAUGAUAACAAAUGCUUCAUUUAGAACUAAGAAAUUACCAGAUGAUAUUCCAAUUCAAAAUGAGCAACAACAAUCAGAUGUACCGUUAGAUUCUAUAACAGAGGAGCAAGAAGAGGGUGACAAAUCAAAAAAUAAAACAGUGUUGAAACACUUACCAAAGUUGCCAGGUUUAACGAAAAAGCACAAAGAAAAAGUGAAAAACAAUUUACAAGGAGAUCAAAACGUGGAGAUGACGUCAACGGUUGAUGCUGUUGAUAGUUCUUGCAAUGAUAAUAAUUAUAAUGCUGUUCACGUUAGUGCUGUUUGAGAGGAAUCUACUAAAUGAGCGCCAUACUUUUUUCUGUUUGAUAAGUAUUUAACAAAGUUAUUUUAACCCUAAUCAUAAAAAUAUGCAUCAAAUACAUUACAUAAUAGGUUUGUUCUUGCAGUAGUUAUAGCCACUCUGAUUAAAACAAAACUUUUUGUUAUAUUAAAGGGAUUAUUACUGUAGUGAGAACAAACUUCGUGUGAAAUUUACAAAAUUCUUUAGGGCAUUUUAUGAAUAUUCAAAAUUUUACUUUAUUAAUUGUAUGUAAAAGAUAUUGUGCAUGUGUAAAAUCCAAGAGUGUAGCGAUAACUUCCUUUUUAGAUUAUGAAAAAGUGGGUAUACUAAUACAAAUAUAUUUCUAUUAGUAGGUAAUAAAUAUAAAAGAAAUGAAUAGAUACUACUAUAAAUACGUCAUAAGGCCUCACUCUCUAUAAAUGUAUAGAUUUCUAUUCAGGUUAUAUUUUAAAAAAAGAAUCAGUAUAAAUAGGCAAUAUGCAUUAUAUUAAAUGUAGGAUUAUCUAUGAAAAUUUGAGUAUAAGAAGAUUAAUAGAUAUGAUUAUUCUAUUUAGAAAUACCACAUACAAAUACAUAGAUUUGUUGAUUUUUUUCAUAAUAUUCAGACAAUUAUGAAUCUCAAGUUAGAAUUUACUGUAAUAUUCAUUUUACAUACAGGAUUUGCCGAGGGUAGAUUUCAGCAAGGAAAGAUAAUGAAACACAGGACUGUAUUUAUACAAAAAAAAUGUAUAGGGCGGUCAAAUUUAAAGAGUUGUUUUUAUCAACAUAUUCUUAAAUUUUGUAUGCACAUUUUUGUGUCAAUAUACUAGCUUUGGUCACUUUAUCUCCGUGGUCUGUAUUUUAAUGCAUAUGACAGAGAUAAAUAUAUACGACCUCUUGACAGAGAGAGAGACAAAAUAAAGAGCGGCAUACAGUGUUGCCGGUUCGUACGAGAAAUAAAAUAAUAAACGAAGAUAAUAUAUCUAAGCUAUUCAAUAAUGCUCAUUUCUGUUAGGCAGUUGUUUAAGAAUCUAUUACAGCUGUAGUAAAACGAGUAACUAAUUUUGAAAAAUAAAGUUCCAACCCUAGAUGCAACAUUUUUCGUAAACACUUACUUGUGCGGUUUGAAACGUUGAUGAAAAAUCCGGCAUACCGCAUAGAAGAAAUGUAU